GUGAAUCGCUACAAAGGUUUAUACGCCUCUGGACUCUGCUGUGUGCCAAACUUCAUGCAUGGUGCCAUCAAAUGUGCGGGUAUAGCUUGCUAUUAUCGGGAUGACAUCAAUGUGACACUUCACAGUCAAAGGCAUGAAUUUAACCGAUUUUAUAUAAAUUUACUGCCUUUAUUUGCCAAAAAAAAAAAGAGCAGUAUCAUCAUCCCCUUCUUUCUGUUAUCAUGACUACCAUUAGUAUUGGAAAAUAUCUUAUCCACCGUCUCAAGGAAGUUGGUGUGGAAACUAUCUUUGGCGUUCCCGGAGACUACAACAUGCCACUUCUUGACCAAAUAGAAGACGAUAAGGACGUGUUUUGGGGAAACAACGCUAAUGAGCUCAAUGCUUCAUAUGCUGCCGACGGCUAUGCAAGAAUCAAUGGUGUAGGAGCUUUGGUUACCACCUUCGGUGUCGGAGAGCUAUCAGCUAUGGCUGGUAUUGCUGGUUCAUACUCUGAAAUGGUUCCAGUCAUCCAUAUUGUUGGCAUGCCUAAUACCAAGUCUCAAGCUACUGGUGCUGUUCUCCACCAUACUCUUGGAAAUGGCGAUUAUCAUGUUUUUCAAAAGAUGUUUGCCGAGAUUACCGUUGCCAAUGCCUUGUUGAAGCAAGAGAAUGCAGCCGAGCAAAUCGAUCGAGUCCUACAACAUUGCAUUGCUAACGUGCGUCCAGGUUAUAUCGGUAUCCCAAUUGACUUGAUCAAUGCGGAAAUUACAGUAAAAGCCUCACCAAUUCCAUCACUGAGCUUGGACAUCCCUAAAAACCCCGAAAAGACUCAUCGAGCAGCUCUGGAGGAUAUCAUCGCAAAGGUAGAAGAAGCAAAGAAGCCCAUCAUCCUUGUCGAUGCUUGUGCAUUGAGAAGAAAUAUGAUAAAGGACGUCCAAAAGCUAAUCGAAGUAUCUGGCUUUCCUACCUUCACCACUCCUAUGGGUAAAGGCGGAGUCGAUGAGGACCAACCUGCCUAUCGGGGUUGCUAUGCGGGAGAUGUCAGCUAUGACGAAGUCAAGCAAGAAGUGCAUGAUUCCGACCUCAUCCUAGCUAUUGGCUGUUUGAAGGCUGAUUUUAACACUGGCGGUUUCACAUAUCACUUGGAUUCAGACAAGGUGAUAGAAUUCCACAGCUUUAACGUGAGCGUCCACUACGCAACAUACGAGAAAGUUAGUAUGAAUCAGCUCAUUCCGGAUUUAAUCAAGCAUUUCCCCAAGAAGCGGUCCAUCGACUUUGGUCCACGACCCUGUGGUCCACAAGCCGAUAGCAACUCUGAAGUCAUCGACCAUACUUACUUCUGGACGAAUAUCCCGCGCUUCUUGGAGCCAAGAUCUAUCAUUGUUGCCGAAACUGGUACCUCCAUGUUUGGUGCUAUCAAUAUGAAAGCUCCAAAGGAUGCGAUCUUCAUUACUCAGUUCUUAUGGGGAUCCAUUGGCUAUAGCGUUGGUUCGGCCAUGGGAGCCGCUAUGGCCGGGCGUACACAAGACAGACGAGUCUACCUGUUUGUUGGUGACGGCUCAUUCCAGUUGACGGCACAGGAAGUGUCGGUCAUGCUACAUCAGGGCCUUACCCCUGUCAUCAUUAUCCUCAACAACGAUGGUUAUACUAUUGAAAAACUCAUCCAUGGACCUGACAGAAAAUAUAACAACUUCCAAAUGUGGCAAUACAGCAAGACAUUAGAGUAUUUUGGCUGUAAUUUGGAGCACAACCUCAAGGAAUCGUUCCAAGCUAAGGUUGGUGCCCAAGCCAAAGUCACAACCCGGAAGGAACUAGAGAAAGUUCUUGAGCAAACCAGGGCAGAAAAGAACAAGAUCCACAUCUUGGAAGUUUGCAUGCCUCAAUUGGAUGCUCCCAGAGAGUUAUUGUUGCAAGUGAAGACUUCUGAAAACCGUUAACCGGUUGAUUAUGGAUGGAAAGCACACCUUAACAUAGCAUUAUAUUUACAAAUCAACACUUCGUUUUUUCAUCCAACAGUAUGGACAAGGUGAUGUACACAUGUCGCCAAUUCAUCUAGUUAGCAAUUCAUCAAAACCAAUAAACCGAAGUGGCAUUAUUGAUAUGACCUAAAUUCUCCUCACAAACACACUAUCCAUCCUUAUGUAUCCAUUCGCUUGACACCUGCGGACAAUCAUGGGGUGCCCAUCGAGACAAAAC